AUGCUAAUUGAUGCAGAUAAAGAAGAUACACGAGAUGGUGAUUUAACCGUUAUUGGACGUCAUAUUAAGAUUCCCAGCAGAACUCCAGCAGAGAUUACUUAUGGUGAUACGUUUUCAGACCGUGACGAUUCUGAAAAUGAUUUAUCUUUGUCCGUGUUGGCAAAAAGAAUACGCAAUGCCAAUGAAUGCUUGCCAGAAGAUUUGGAUCAACAGAUAUCUUCUACUUCUUGCUCCACUCCAUCUAUAAGCUGUUCAACGAGGAACGUCACUCUUAGUGUUAGCAAAACCCAACGGAAUACGUGGCGCAACAGGCACAAUCCAAGUGAAUUUACACAGUUGCAGGAUCGUGAGGGCCCAAAAAAUCAACAGUCACCUUUGUACUACUAUAAGUGUAUGGUGAAUGAUGAAGUAAUCGAAAUUUUUGUACAUUACUCUAAUCUUUACGCAAGUCAAAGGAAUGUCAUCGCUAAUAUAACUACUUCAGAAAUGAAGUGUUUUUGGGUAUACUUUUAUACAGCGGUUAUGUCGUGGUACUGCGCAGUAAAGAAACGCCAAAAGCCCUCUGAAGAGCUGAAACGGGCUCAGAUAAGAAAGAAAUUAGCCAUGGCUGCUUAUUUUGAAGCCAAAACUGAAGUAGUUAAGCUUGAAAAAAUAAAACUACAAUUAGAAGCCGAAGAAUUAAAUAAGUGA